AAAUUAUUGUGAUUAAGUUAACUAAUUGGACUUGAGUGUUUGUUGUCAACUUUUUGGCAAACGAAUUGUUUUAGUAAUGAACAGACUGAGUUUUGAUAUUUUUGUUAACUGAGACUGGUUUAGUGUUUAGUAGAGCGCAACUAAGUUGCUUAUUUAGAACGCUGUGAUUAAUUUUUCUGAUUGCAUUUGAUUUUGAAUGCCUAUAUGUCCGUAAAAGAAACGAAGAUACAGCUCAAGUGUUUGACUUUUAAACAAGAAUCAAGAAAUAGUUUUUAUAAUAAUCGCAACUAUAGAGACUCUGAAACAAGAGACAGAUACAGGGAGCAUCACAGCUCAAGGCAAUAUCGUGACAGAAGAAACGUUUGCUAUAAUCAAGAUAGACAUUACUCGCGAGAGGAUUAUCGCCAAUGGGAGCGUCCAAGAUCAGAUUGGCAUAGAUCGGAAGACAGACAUAGAGCAAAUACAGAGCAUAGAACACGUAGCGCGAGAAAAGAAAAUGAACAAACUGAAAAGCCCAAAGAGCCAAGAGCUCAUUGUUCAAAUGCAAAACUUGAAGAAAAUAUUAAGCCAUUAAAACAAGUGGAAAGCACAGCAGAAAUUGAAAAGACGCUAAUUUCCAAAGUUGAUGAAAAGCAAGUAGAAGCCACUAGAGAAAACGAGUUGCAAACUCAAGCUGCAAAUACAGAAAUUGAUGAUAAAGAAGAAGCAUUAAAGCAAGUUGAAGCCACAACAGAACAAGUAGAUGAAUCCUAUUCCCAUAUAUGCAAAACACCAGAGGCACUAGAAGAAAAGGAAGAAACUGCAGCUAAACCUGCACCCAAGAUACAAGUACGUCCAUUGACUGAAUUGCUAAGGCAAGAGAUACUCGCAGUUACACAAGGAAAACUGCUAGACGAAUCCGAUUCGGAAACAGAUAAAACACCCAAGAAAAUAAUAAAGCCAGCCAUACAGCUACGUCGAAGAACCACAAGUAUUGCUCAGUUGAAUUACAAUGGCAGCAGAGAAUUUAAUAUUAAUGCAAGUCUGGCGACUAUGGACAAAGAGAGUCUAAAAUAUAUAAUCAACAAUAGUGAUACCAUAUACAACGAUCAUUUAAAGUUACGCGCACGUCGACGAUUACGUGUUGAAAUACGACGUCAGCUUAAGGAGCUGCAGUCAGAGCAACCAAAGGAUAAACCAGCAACGGAACUAAUAGAGGACGAAAUUGCAGAUGCAAUAAAGUUGCCAGAGAUACUGCUGCAAGAGAUUGAAAAGUGCUUUGGCAUAGACAUAUCAAAGGAGCAGAACGAAGCGUGUGAAGAGUCUGUGAAGAGUUUAGAGGAAGCUGCAGUGCAUGAGGAAUGCUUAGAGACUGAAACAAUGGCGGGCAAAAGAACCAAUGCACAUUUAAAUGCUGCUGCAGCACCAAAAAGUCCGCAAAGUAAAUGCACAAAGCAAAAACAACAAAUGAAAAAAGUUAAUACACAACAGCAACUAAAAGUUGAAUUGGAUACAACAAAUGCUGCAGCCAAAUCGCUGAAGUCAGCAAUCAAAGCUGAGCUAGCUGUUAGCGAUGAGGUUAUAGUGCUCAGCUCCUCCGAGGAUGAGCUUGAGGAUGAGCCACAGCCAGCUGUAUGCGAAGAUGAUGUUGCCAGCAAUCACUCGGCCAGCUCGAGCAACAGCAACAACUCGCAGCAGCGACGUUAUCAGCUGAAGCUGCAAAGCGAUGCCGACAAUGUGGUCAACAGCUUUGAAACGCUUAUACUGCCGCAUCUGAAGCAAUCGCUGGUCGAGCGCUAUCGCAGCUUUCACAGCAUCAAUAUGCAAAGUCGUUUGCAUUUCAUCAGCUGCGUUGUUACCAACAGCGAAUACACUACGCAAACCUUUAGCAAAAUACAAGUGGCCAAAAUGCAGCAAAAUCUCAAAGCAGCCGACAAUCGCUUAGGCAUUGAGUUUCUGCUGCGCGAAAUUGUCAAUGUGGUUAAUGUGCAAAAGCAAGCGGCAGCAGCCAGACGCAAACAGGAGUUGCAGCAACAGCAGCAGCAGCAACAAGCCGCUAAUGAGCUUAGCUUAAAAAGCGCUGAGCUGGCGUCUGAGGCACUUCAAAGAAGCCUCAGCGACGAGGAGGCGGCGGCUGCACACGUUGCCAUGCCCACACCACCGCACAGCGAUGCGCUUAUAUCGCUGCGGCCCAUGCAAGUUUUACCCUUAAGUGUGCCAUAUCUAAGUCUGGAUACGGCGCUAACGCCUGGCAGCAGCUAUAGCCUGGACAGCUGCUCCAAUGCCAUGCUGCUGGGUGAUUCUGUCUCCGUUAGACUAAUGGAAAUGGAUCGACGUCUGCUGGAUAAUCACAAUCGUCGCGGCUUUCUCGAAAGCAUGAUUAUGAAAUAUCAAAAAGAAAAGUCAGAUUUGGAAAUGCAAUAUCUGGAGCUGCAAAGUCACAAGUUUAUGCUGCUGAAUACGCUGAUUUCUAGAAAUCAGGCUACAACCGUAACGCCACCGCCUACAAACACGCCCACUAACUCACCGCCGCCGCCGCCGCCGCCAGCUGCUGAAAGCGUCAGCAGCUCACCCAAGCCCAAGCCAAGACGCCAUCGACGCACUGUGCUAGUGAAGCGUCUGAAAGUCGUAGCCAAGCGCAAGCUGCCAGUGCUGAAAGUUCAAUCGCCAAGCGUCGUCCCAGCAAUGAGCACUGAAGCAAGCGAUGACGCAAAUAUAGAAAUGCCGCUGCCCUUGCCAGCAAAAGUGCAGAUCAAACUGGAGACUGUAGAGCAAACGACAAGCACCAAGCGCUCGCGCUGGAGUCAAGAAGACACAACAGCAGCUGAGAAGGUAGCACCGCUGCUACCGCCACCACCACCGCCAGAGUCCAUUGCCAACAUGCCGUACGAGCUGCCGCCGUACAUUAAGCAGCUGCAGCCACCGCCGCCACCACCAACGCCACAAGCUAUUGAUACAGCCAAGUAUGACUGCAUAGCCACUGGUCACUUGCGUGGCAUCAACAGUCCAAUUACCCAAAUACGCGUGCACCAGCUGCUGAUCAUUGCUGCAUCCGAAGGCGGCGAUAUCUACAUGUUCAACAUGCUCAGUCACAAGCUGCAGCGUCAGAUCACCAAGCACAGCGAUGCCAUCACUCAGAUGUUUCUAUGCGAAAGCGAAUCCUUUUUAUAUACCAUAUCGCUUGAUGGCUUUCUCAAGAAGUCCUCGCUGGAGAAUCUUGAGCGUGUUGCUCAGACUGUUUACUUAAAGGAGCCGUUGCAAUCAAUUGAUGUUGCUUGGGGCACCGCCUAUGUUGGCAGCCGUUGGGGCAAUAUUUUUACAUAUGACAUUGCGGCCAACAAAGUAGGCAGUGUGCCGUUAAUAUUUACUGCACAGUCCGUCAUAGCGCUAAAAGCGACAGAGGAUAGCGGACACAGGAUCAUAGUCCUGGGCUGCAAGGGUAACAUAGUUACUCUCUACGAUGCAAGCGACGGAAUGAUGCUGCGUCGCUUGAGCGUGCCGGAGGGUCUGAAUAUUUACAGUCUGCAGAUAGCUGAUGGAUAUAUCUAUUGCGGCUCUCAGAAGAACGAAGUGCUUAAGUUUGAACUUGCAAGGAGCACUCUGGCUACCACAAUGGCGUGUGGCAAUGGCGCCGUUGCUAUGGCCAUAUAUGAAGGCAGAUACUUGUUUGUUGGCUGCUAUGAUAGCUUUAUCUAUGUGCUGGACAUGCAUAGUGGUCAGCAAGUAAGUCGUAUAAACGGUCCCGGACGCUUGGUGCUUGCGCUUGCCAUAGCCGGCAAUAAGAUAAUUGCUUCGUCAAAGGAUAAUUCGCUAGCAAUAAUGGAAAUACCAACAGAGCUGUUGACUGCAAGCCAUUCAACUUAAUAUAAGUGCAUAUAUAAUUUUUAAAAGACAUUGUUUA